UUCAGAAGGGAGCAGCUGAGGGAUACUAGAUAAGGUACCCAGUAAUCAAAAGCUUUAAUUUUUUUUUUUAAUUUCUGGUUCAAGUUUUGUUCUUUUUUGGAUUCAGAUAUCUAGUUUUGAGGUUUGGAGCUAUUCAACUUUUCUAGGGUGUUGUUAGUUGCUAGUUACUAUUAUCCCAGAUUUUUAAUCACCCAAUGUAUGCUACUAGUUUGACAAAGGGUCAAGCAUUUCCAUUGGCUCUUAGGGUGUGCUCAAAACCCAGAAGCUUCAACACCUCAAAGGUUCAGUCUUUACAGAUUGGUGCUCACCCAAAACAAUCACUAAACCCUUUGGUUGAUUUUGAGGGAGGUUCUAGUUAUAGGGUUGUAGGAAAUGGAAGUGUUGCGAAACCCAGAGGUUGUAGUGGGUUCAGGGUUAGAAGUGGUGCACAGAAUAGUUGGGUGGUGGUGAGAGGUAGAGGCUUUUCGAGUUGGUCUAGUGAGAAGAGUAAUGGGGGGAGUAGUAGUGGAAGUAGACUGCCGUGGUUGGCAGCUAAGGAAGCCAAGAGGUUGGAGCAGCGAGCAUCGGCGACGAAAGUACCUCUUUCCUCUUGGGGGGAGUCUGCUAAGAGGUUGGAGAAGGAGAGAAAUGACGGUUCUUCUGGGGAAGAGGAGAUGAAUUUGGGUAGGAGUAGAGGUGGAGACCCCCGUGGCAAGUUGUCUUGGGACAAAUCAGUGAAAAGGGUAGAGGAAGAACGAAAGCCAAAGACCGAGCGUUCUUCUUGGGAGGUGUCAGCAGGAGCUUUUGUUGGGAAUGGUGGUCUGUCGGAAAAGAGGAGUGCAGAAAGAAGAAAUGGAAUGGUGAGGGAUAGGCGAGGUGGGUAUGGUGUGAGGGAUAGGCGAAGUGCGUACAGUGUGAGGGAUAGAAGACAGGAGGAGGUCAAUUCAGAAGGAGAUGAGUACAAUGUAAGGGAUAGGCAAGGUGGGUAUGGUGUGAGGGAUAGGCAAGGUGGGUAUGGUGUGAGGGAUAGGCAAAGUGAGUGUGUGAGGGAUAAAAGACAGGAGGAAGCCAAUUCAGAAGGAGGUGAGUACAGUGUGACGGAUAGGCGAGGUGGGUAUGGUGUGAGGGAUAGGCGAAGUGAAUACAGUGUGAGGGAUAGAAAACAGGAGGAAGCCAAUUCAGAAGGAAGUGGAGAGGAAGAAGAAAUGGAAGUUGGUGAUGAUCCAAGGUGGGAUCAGAUUAAGAACAGGUUUAGGAGAAUGGAAGACGAGAAAUCUGAGAAACCUGAGUAUCGGAGGUGGGAUAGGCAGGAAAAUUGGGGUAGAAAGACAUGGCAAGAGGCUAGUGAAUCGUCGGUGCCUAGAUUGGUUGGCCAAGGUGUUUAUGGUGUUGGUCCGGUUUUGGCUGCUUUGUCAGCUGGGAGAAGAGAAUUUUAUACGUUGUAUGUUCAAGAAGGGUUGGAUUUGAGCAAUAAUAAUAGGAAGAAGAAGGAUAAGAAGGGGUUUGAGAGAGUUUUGAGGAUGGCUGAAAAUUUUGGGGUGAACAUAAAGGAAUUGCGCAAGCAUGAUCUUAAUAUGGCUGCUGAUAAUCGCCCCCAUCAAGGUCUGCUUUUGGAUGCUUCUCCAUUGGAGAUGGUCAAAAUUAAGGAGUUGGACCCGGUUUCAGUCGAAGAAAAUAAAAGUUCUCUCUGGGUAGCUCUGGACGAGGUUACGGAUCCUCAAAAUUUGGGGGCCAUCAUCAGGUCCUCUUACUACUUUGGAGCUGCAGGGGUGGUGUUAUGUGCAAAGAAUUCUGCUCCACUGAGUGGUGUUGUGAGUAAAGCAAGUGCAGGGUCACUUGAGUUAAUGGAGUUGCGAUAUUGCAAGAACAUGAUGCAGUUUCUAACAUCCUCUGCUGAAAAUGGUUGGCGGGUUCUUGGUGGUUCUGUUUCUAGCAAAGCUGUUCCUUUGAACGAGAUAGUACCUAGUGAACCAACCGUUCUUGUUCUGGGUAGUGAGGGCACUGGCUUGAGGCCAUUGGUGGAAAGAUCUUGCACUCAGUUAAUUAGAAUCCCUGGGAAUAUUCCUGUGGAUAUAACUGUUGGUGGAGUUGACGAUAGCAAAUCCAUGGAAGUGGAUCAAGUGUUCUCUGCUGAAGAGUUCCGGUCGUUUUUGGCUGUGGAGAGCUUAAAUGUCAGUGUUGCAGCUGGCGUGCUUCUUCAUCACUUGGUGGGGAACAAUGAGAAGAGUGAAGUUCAUGUGGUUGCUGAGCAGAAUAACGGACUAGAUUGAGACUGUACACUCAUUUAUUGAUGUUGUUAACUAGAUUAAGCUAUUGUAUUUGCUAUUUGCAUCUUUUAGAGCUUUAUCUAGAAUUGGGAGUAGGUUUACAAUAUAAGUUUUGUUCUCAACUCUUGUUUGAAAACUUGUACCUGCAAUUUUGGGGUUAAGAAGAUUGUCAGAAAGACUGUAAACUUUGUACUGAUUUUUUUUUUGAAUGGUUGGUACCAUCAUCUCA